GGGGCGCACUGCACCAGCGGCUUCGGCUUGGUGGAUGUGUAUGCAUGAGUUCUGCACCGAAUGGGCGCAAAAAGCGCCCCAGCCGGUCCACCCGCUCCUCGAUCUUCCAGAUCAGCAAGCCCCCGCUGCAGAGCGGGGAUUGGGAGCGCAGGGGCAGCGGCUCCGAGAGCGCUCACAAAACCCAGCGAGCCCUGGACGACUGCAAGAUGCUUGUCCAAGAGUUCAACACGCAAGUGGCCCUGUACCGAGAGUUGGUCAUUUCUAUUGGGGACGUCUCAGUCAGCUGCCCCUCACUAAGAGCGGAAAUGCACAAGACAAGAACCAAAGGCUGUGAAAUGGCCCGUCAGGCACACCAAAAACUGGCUGCCAUCUCAGGCCCAGAAGAUGGUGAAAUCCACCCAGAAAUCUGUCGGCUUUACAUCCAGCUGCAGUGCUGCUUGGAAAUGUAUACGACAGAGAUGCUAAAAUCCAUAUGUCUGCUGGGGUCUCUUCAGUUUCAUCGAAAAGGAAAGGAACCUGGCGGGGCAACCAAGAGUUUGGAUUGCAAAAUUGAGGAGAGUGCUGACACACCUGCCCUAGAGGACUCCUCGUCAUCCCCCAUAGAUAGUCAGCAACAUUCCUGGCAGGUUUCCACAGACAUCGAGAACACUGAAAGAGACAUGCGAGAAAUGAAAAACCUUUUAAGCAAACUCAGGGAAACUAUGCCUUUACCAUUGAAAAAUCAAGAUGACAGCAGCCUUCUGAAUCUAACUCCCUACCCCCUGGUUAGAAGACGGAAGAGAAGGUUCUUUGGCCUAUGUUGUCUCGUCUCAAGCUAGGCGGCUCCUCUUGGAAACCCGCUGGGAACACCGGAAAAAAAAAAAAAAAAAAUCACAAAACCUGAGGACCUCCAGACAGCUGAACCACACAUUUAUUGGUUUUUGACUAUGUUUUCUAUGCUUCCUUAUUUUACCUGCUUCCCCCUGCCCUUUUAAAUGAUUUUACACUCGAAAGCAGCUGCCAUCAAGGGGGAAAAAAAAAAAAACAGAUUAAAAAAGCAGGCUGUUUUUAAAAAGAAUUUUUAAAGCUGACAUUGCGCAUGUCUGCUCCAAACCAUGCCGUGACAGAUGCAAGAAUUAUGAUUUUUAAAUUAUUUAAAGGUUUUUUUAAAUGUAUUAUACAGAGAAAAAUUAUUUCAUGUAUAAUAGUAUAUCUAUAGCUCUUACUGAUCUCAUAUUAACAAUUUAUCGUAUACGAAAGAAGUCUUUAAGCAUAGAAAUCUAUUUAAAACUACAAAACUUUGUUCAAAAAUCCAAUCUAUCAGUAUUAGAAAUAAUAUUAGAAGCAAACAUAUACCACCUUACCUACUGCUUUCUCUGCAUUCAUUUACAUUUAGUCUUCCAUUCUGUCAGAAUCUAAGUGCUUCACCAUAAAUAUAUCUUAAUUUGUAAUGCAACAAACACCACAUAUGAAAAGUACUUAAAUUUUGUAAAUAUAUAAUAAUCCUAAUACCUUCAUAUAAUGCAUAUGGGCAACUAAUUUCCUUUUGAUCCAAUGGUGUCUUUUUCAGCUUCUUGGAGAAUGAAGUAAUCCAGUUAGGAAAUGGUGUAGUAACAUAUACAACUACCCUCAAAUGUAAAAUUGAAUAUUAUCACAUUUUGUUCUAAUUGAAAUCUGAAGCAUGGUGUCUGCACAUCAGCAUAGUGUUAAAUCUUAUAGGGCAUGCUGGAAUUAGCUCAGAUCGUAAAAAUAUUUAACAUUUUACAUUGUUAAUAAGAUUUUUUUAGUUAAGCUAAGCUUGUCUCAUUUUAGAUGACUAUGCAGAUAUGACUUUUCCAAUGUGUACUUAGUGUCUUGUCUUAUGCUUAGAAUCUUGAAAGCAGGACACAUUAAGCAAUACUGUAUUUUAGAAAAGAGGAAACCACAUGCUUUGUUUUUCUGCUCACAGCUUUGUUGUGAUCUUCCUCCACUAAACUUGUAACAUGGUACAAAUUUUGUUAUAUUUUCUCCUGUUCUUCCUUUGGCCCAUUUCCCAGAAAGAAUUUCCCAUGGGUUGAGAGAUCAAGUCUUUGCACUUUUUUUCUUGUUUUCCAUAGUCUGAGAAAUCUUUGAGUCAGACAGGAGGCACCAGUGCCUAGUACAAUAGAAGGAUGAGCUAGAUGUCUAUAAGUGGUUUAUCCAAAACACAUCCUUUGUUCCAACCCUGUACUUUCUCGAUACUUAUGUGCACAGGCAUUUAUAUGUAUACCAAUAAUUUGACCUAAAAACUAAAUGUAUGAAAGCCUUUAGCUUUAGUGAAGAUGAAGAGAGAUACAGAUGAACUAUUGGAAUACUUAUUGUAUUAGGUUGAAUUACAUUAAAUUGCUGUUAUUUGACUGUUUUGACCUACAAAAUGGCAGUUUCAUAUAGUUCAACCUAAUAUCUGAUGUUGUGGAAAUUACACUUGGAAUUGUCUUCUAGCCCUUUUGAUUGAAAGUGAAAGAAUUAAAGGGUUGGAAGAGAUCUCAAAAGCUAUGCAGGUCUCUAUUGAGAUCAUACCAGCUGCUUGUUGGCCUUAUUCUUGGAGUCCAGACUUGUGUUCCAAUAAACCAUUAAUUAGCACAUGGUUAUAGGUAGGCCUGGCUUUACAAAAAGAAGAACCCUUGAAAAGUUAUAUGAGAAAAUCAUAAUUUGCUAAAUCAAAUACUUAUAAAACAAUUGUGGGAAUGUGCUAUUUAAAGACUCCUAGAGUGGAUACUCCCAUACAAAAUGAGCAACCACUCCCAGACUUACCUGAUCUGCAAACCUUGAUUUUCAUAAAUCAAGUUUGAUUAAAGCUUGAUAUCCUUUCCUGAAUCCAGUUCAUUUUCAUCCCCUGAGGAGAUUUCAUUUAAGGUUCAUUGUUUUCGAAAUUAUGAAGUAGCCCAGUUUGGCAGCUCUCAGCUUCCCUGUCUGCCUUCUUUCUCCCACACUUCAACUAUGUUGAACUCUAGCUUCAAUCUAGUUUCUACUAAUCCAUGCAAAGUUAUUAACUGAUAAGCCCAACCUUGGUGUUCAGCA